CGCUUUACAGCAGUGUUUGCAGCGUGGUGAGGAAGUUAGCCACACCUCCUGGUUGCGUGAGCAACAGCGCGGGAAGUCUGCGGCGCGAGGGGGAAGAAGUUUCGGGUCACGAAGUUGUUCAGAGAGUGUGUGAUGGAUUCGUCGGAGGUAGAGUUCCUCGCCGAGAAAGAGAUGAUCCAGAUUGUCCCUAACUUCAGCCUGGACAAAAUCUAUUUGAUUGGGGGCGACCUGGGUCCUUUCAACCCUGGACUACCAGUUGAUGUUCCUGUGUGGUUGGCUCUGAACUUAAAACAGAGACAGAAAUGUAGAGUUGUGCCUCCUGACUGGAUGGAUGUUGAGAAGCUGGAGGAGAUACGAGACCUUGAAAGGAAAGAAAACACCUUCACACCAGUUCCCAGUCCAUACUACAUGGAGCUUACUAAACUGCUGCUGAACCAUGCAUCUGACAACAUUCCAAAGGCAGAUGAGAUCCGAACGCUCGUGAAGGACAUCUGGGACACACGCAUGGCCAAGCUCCGCCUCUCUGCCGACAGCUUCAUCAGUCAGCAGGAGGCUCAUGCCCAGCUGGACAACCUGACUCUGAUGGAGAUUAACACCAUACGUGCAUUCCUUCUUGACUCACUCAACUGCAUGUACAAACUGCGUUCAAAUCUGCAGCCUGGAUCCAGUAAGGGGCAGUUCAUGGACUACUGAGCAGGUUUGUGUUUGGAGCCAGGAAUUUGACAAGGCCGGGCUGAAAGGUUUGGACUUCGAUGUGUGAGGUUCAGGGCCUGCACUCAUUGAGAUGUUACUGCAGAUUUUUCUCAGAACUGGAAUCAAAUAAUAUUUUUCUUUAUGGCUGCCUCAUCUUGCAGUUUUUACAUGGUUGUUUUUGCAGAGGGAGUGAUGUGAUCAUUGUACAUAAAGAAUGCAGACAUUCUGUCUGUUCUGUUUCCAGCAAGUGGACGUAACUUACAGUAGUUUACAGUGCAUCCAGAAAGUAGUCACAGCGCUUCACUUUUUCCACAUUUUAUGUUACAACCUUAUUCUAAAAUGGAGUACAUGUUUUAACACAAUAUUCUACUCACA